AUGUUCAGGCCCGGGCAGGAGGAGCCUGGUCUCUGGUCCUGCUGUGCCGCUGGGAAACGCUGCCCGUCCACAGCUGACCUUCGUAUCACGUGCUUGGUGGGAAAGGAUGCAGCGCAGAAAGGCGCAGGAGCUCUUCUUCCUGCAGAAGACGUGCUCUCCCCAUGGGUCCCUGCAGGAAGAGGCGGCCUGGGUUCAGCCCCACCCACCCCAGCCUGCCCCUAUAAAGGAGUCUACCGGACAGCGGACCGCGCAGGAAGUUCCAGCCCUGCGCUGCCCACAGCCAUGAGCCUGUAUCUUCCUGGUUUACUCGUCUUUCUGGUGAUCUCCUUCCCUUCAGGGCACGGUUUGUUUGGAAACAGAGGCAUAGAAGUCCGAACCUGCACAGCACGUGAAGGCCUGUGUUUUUUCGGCUGUAAACCAGGAUGGACAUUUGUUGCGUUCUGUCACAACAUAAUGGCGUGCUGUAAAAAGAAUACAGUAUUUUUACCUCCCCAGAGCAGCGAAAUAUGACCUGCACCAAUUAAAAGAAUAGGCAAAUGACCAAAAGGAUUCAACUCUGAGUCUGUGGAGCAGGCGCAGACUGGGGCUCGAGGUGGGCACUGGCAGAUUUCCCCAAGUAUUUCGUAAAGGAGGCACUGUAGCAGGAACUCACCUCUUGUUCUUUUUUCUGCCGCUUCGUCUCCAAACACUAAAGCAACUGAUUAAUACAACUCGCAAAUUCAGCUGGAUGCUAGGAGUCCACAGGCCCGAGGGUGACUCGUUCCGAGCAGAAAAGCAAUAGCUUGCCCUUCUAAGUGAAGUCGGCUCACUUCAUCCUCACAGCUCUGACUUCUCCCUUUUUCUCCUUUUUUUUUUUACAUUCGCAAUUUUAUGAUUUCGUGUGUGUGUUUCUUAUAUUAGUCCACGUUCGCAGUCCAUAAUAAUCACGUUUAUUGUGAAGAGUUUGCACGGGUACAUACAUCUGAAUUCUAUUGUUUUCCUUCCCUCCCACCCCUCCCUGCUCCCUCCAAGCCUUAAUCCCC